AUGGACGACAAAAUGAUCACAGAUUCCACAGGGGAAGAGUCCCUGCCAAUCGGUGACCUCGCUCAAGAGAUUAAGUUUAUCGACACCCACGAUAAGGCUCAGCGUCUCCAGAAAUAUCGUCGGCGUGAAGAAGACCAAGAGUCGUUGAAGUACCAGAAGCUGGUUUCGCCGUACCAAUGGGCCAAUGUAGAUGACGACGACGACUUGAGACAGAAGCUCGACGUGCAAAUGGCAAACCCUUGGAAGGCUUUGGACCCAGAUGCUUUCUUGCCACAGUCAUACAAAGUCACAAAUAGCGCUAAUGAUAACCGUCGGCAACCCCUCAUGCCAUUCGCGGAGAUCCCGAAUCCAAUCAAGACCACCACUUUCUGGGUGCUCCUGAAGAAACCCAACAGAUCCGUGCGUCGUGGCGCUGAGCACAGCUACCUCUUGGUGAACAAGGGGCCUCGCGGCAGCAAGAAUUGCCACACUUCGCUCAUGAUUGAUGGCGGCCAGUUUGGAUGCCCUGUGAUUCGAUUUCAAAUGCAGCUGAGUCGCGAUCCUAGCAACAUGAUGGCUAAUGGACUCUUCCGGGCUUUCGGUGAUGACCAAUUUCACUUCGAUUCAGGUUAUGCCCCUAGACACCCCAAGCAACUUACAGAUGAGGGCUUUGCUAUCUUGAAACGUGGGAACUCCUCUCGUGAUGAGGUUUUAAAGCGUUUGCACGGCUGCAUCUGGACCAUUGGUGGUGGUGUUGUGCUUGAGGGCUUCGACACCGAUACAGUCAGAAAGAUCAAAGCACAUCCAGAACUCUAUCAUCCCGAAGUCAAGGGUAAUAUCGAAGCCAUUGAACAACUCGGCACCCUUGGCGGCAGAAUAUCGCUUUCAUUCUCUCUUGGUAGCUCCAAAGAAGAAGAAUUAUAUCGAGCUCACGACGUUCUUCGAUGCUUCCAACACAGUGUCCACAACGGUCACAUCAAUCACUACCCAUACUUGGACGCAAAUGGCCGUUUUACCUGGGACAUGCCUCACAUCAAAAAGGUUGCAAAUGGCAUGAAUGUCAUCCCUAGAAAAACCGAGGACCCCAAAUCUGUAGAAACCUACAGAGUGAAACCGGUGGAGAACACGUAUCAAGGACUACAGACGUACAUGAUCGCCAAGGCGUGUGCAGACCUUCGUGAGGUGCAGUUUGAGGUAGCCAAUCGCAAUGCAGUGAGCAUCGAACAGCACCGCGCGUAUAUUGUCGCCACUUCUCCCCACCAGUUGGAGGGCCGAGACUCGCGAGAUGGCGCCGAGAUUUACACUGUUUUUGUGACUCUCAACUACCAGGGGCGUGAUCUUACCGAGCUUACGCCGGAGCCAGCGAUCAUCCUCAGUAUAAACUGGGAGAAUAAUGCCAAAGCACAGUUUGAGGAGCGAAAGAAGCGCUGGAGAGGUCCGGUCAUCCAACCACCCGAGACUGAGCUCGAAGGCUGUCACUUUGUCAUGUUUGCGCACGCGAAGAAAGACAGUGUUAUCCAGAAAGCUUAUGCUACCCUCCAAGAAGCAAAGUUAGCAGGUGGCUUGCCGAUUCACCUAGAGUACGAAAUGCAAGAUCGUCUCAGUCCGAGGUUAAAAACGGCUUUCAGACAAAUCUUCAAGCCAGAAUUCCGGCAACUUGCAUUGAUGCUCAUGGGCCGUUAUGACGAGGCAGUCAAAGUGCCUCGCAAGAUGAACAAGAUCCUCUUCCCCGUCAAGAAUGAUGAGUUCGUUAGGACGCCCGAGGAGGAAAAGGCUUACAAGACGUGGGCUGACUGGGUCUCAGACCACUGCCACGAGAAUGGUCCUACUAAAUGGGCCUUGAACACAGAGCAGCUGAUUGCCAUCAGCACAUUAGCCAAUACUCAGUUUGCUAAGAUCAUCCGUGGACCACCAGGUACUGGCAAAUCUCUCACUGGAGGUAGCGCUGUCUGGGCUGCCUUGGCAGCAGGCAAUGGUGAAGGCAGAAUUCUGGUUGUUGCCAGCUCCAACGAAGCUACCGAUGCGAUCGCUUCAAAGAUCACCCACUGUCGGCUUAACGACUCACGUAUGAAAAAGGCUCUUGUGAUCAGAAUGCAUGUUGAGGGUGCUGAGUACCAGUAUGCACAAGAGCACGGCACGGACGACUCACAUCCUUUAGCCGAACGUCGCGGCCAAGAAUCAGAGCGUCUCCAGAAUUUGAAAGCAACUUUUCAGAUUGCCACGCUAAGCGGCUUCACUACAGAAAAGAUGCGAAGCCUUAGCAAAGCGGCAAAGAGAGCGCAUGGGCGGCACAUUGCCACCUAUGGGCUUUCGCUUGCUGAGGCUAUUUGGCAAGAGUCGCAGAUGUCAUUGAGACAAACUCGCUUAUCCCGGCGCAUAGGCGAGAGCCUCAUGAACAAGCAGCCCUAG